CUAAACGGUUGAAGAUAUCAAAAUGCGGUUUGCACCAAUCAAAAUUUCAUGAAAUUUGAGCCUCAGAGUGGGGGGUUAAUUUUUUUCUAUCUCUAAAAAUAAAGGGUGUUUCCAUAAGAAAGUGUCCAAAUUGGCCCACCCUGUACAGUGUUUAAUAAAUAAAUAUUAUUAAUAUAAAAAUAAAAAAAUAACACUGGGUAUUAACGAAUAAGUACUCCCAAAUUAAAAGUGAAGAUUUAUAAUCUUCCAUGCCUUAACCUAGAUAAAGAAUAAUUGAUUGUCUUGUAGAGAAAUCCCGAAAGAGAAUGCCUGACAAUUUUCCAUUAUUAUGAUUUUAGAAUGGAUUGCUACAUGACUCUUGGAAAGUAUGAAGCAAUAAACAAAAGCAAGAAAAAUUCCUCAUUAAUAUUUGUUUACUACGAUUCAAGCGGUUUGAAAAGCCGACGCCACUGUGCACGACCCGUGAGGAAUAUCCAGAAAUUCGAUCUCAUUGUCCGCAUUCAAUAUCAAAACAUCAAGGCAUAAGUACCCACAUUAAGUGUGAAGGUUUAUAAUCUUCCAUGCCUUAAACUAGAUAAAGAAUAAUUACUUGUUUGUGUGGAAAAAUCCCGAAAGAGAAUGCCUAACAAUUUUCCAAAGAAAUGAUUGCUUUCUAGGAAAUAUAGGCCAGAUAUCAAGGUUAUUAUGAUUUUGAAAAGUACGAAGCAAUAAACAAAAGAAUGGAAAAUUCCUCAUUAAUGUUUGUUUACUACGAUUCAAGCGGUUUGGUUUGUAUUUACUAUAGCCUACUUAAUUUGAUUUAGAUUAUGAAACUUCAUAGUCAAAAAC